GUGUGUGUGUGUGUGUUUGUAUUUAAUCCUUGGCAUUUCUGAUGUGUAUUGAAGUUUGAGUAACAUUGCUCUAAUUGCUCUAAGGGUCUGUGGAUGGUGUUGGAGGUGAUUUAACACUGUAAAGGGUGUGUCAUACUUAAAUGUUCUUUGGGAAUCCAGUGUAGCCCAAGAAAGAUCAAGAAAAGUUAUGAAGAACCGUUCAGUAGGUAAAAGAAAGCACUACUGGUGCAAGCUUGAUUAGAGGCACAAUAGUAGUAACAAUAAUAGAGAAUAAUUUUUAAAACAAGGGUGUAAAGAACUUGAGGCCUCUGUACUCUCCUUAACUAUAGCAAAAUAAUCAGUUUGAGGGAUCAUCUUUGUAAUGGGGAGGGAGGAAGGGUAGAAAGGAGGAAGGAAGAGGAGCGGGAAAAAUGUAUAGCUUGAUAAAAGCAAUAAAAAUAUUCCAUGAAUAGAAAAUAAAUUAACGAGACAUGAUAUGUCAGUGAGAUCUAAGGCUAGCUGGUUUGGCUGGGCUGGCUGCCAAAGCUUCCCAGAGAUCUGCCUUUUCAGUGCUGGAAUCACAAGGGCAUUCUACCACACCAGCUUCUUACGUGAGUGCUGGGGAGAGAAUGAAGGUCCUCAAGCUUGCAGGGCAACUUGACCAACUGAGCUAUGAUAAUAAAUGCAGAGACCUUGGUAAUAAAUUCUUGUUCUGCUUACAUUUACAGAAAAACUCAUUAUAAAAGACACUUGACAGUUAUUAAUCUGAAUGGUGGAUACAUGGUUGCACAUUUUAUUACUAAACAAAUAGUUGAUAUUCACUCUUAAAUCUAUUCACAUAUUUAGAGGGGUUUUUUUCUCCUUUUUUUCCUUUGGCUUUUCAAAACAAGAUUUCUCUGCAUUGAUUUCUUGGUUUUUUGUUUUGUUUGUUUUUCGAGACAGGGUUUCUCUGUGUUGCUUUGGUGCCUGCCCUGGAACUAGCUCUUGCAGACCAGGCUGGCCUGUAACGGAGAUCAGCCUGUCUCUGCCGCCCAACUACUGGGUUUAAAGCGGUCGCCACCUCUGCCUCCCAAGUACUGGGAUUAACGGCGUGCACUACCACUGUCCGGCUCACAUAUACAUUUUAUAUACAAAACUUUGAAGACUUGACGGUACUGUUUGCAAAGUAUGUCAUUCAAUUUCUGUACUUCCUUCCAGAGACAUUUGUAGAAUGAACGGUCUCUAGUUACUGCUUCAUCCUAUGAUAACAACGUCUAUUUAGGUCUUUCACUACAAUUUCACGUCGUCCAUUCUGAAAUGCCAGCAAUGAUCGGGUUUCUGCCCCCUCCCUACCCUCAUUCUUCUAUGGAGGCAAGGUCACGCAAGAUUCUUCACCUUGCUGCUUUACAUAGAUGACUCCUCCACCAUUGGAGUUUUUAACUUUCACCAUGUGUUAGUUAGUUCCAGUGUUUUGCCCCAAUCCAGUUUCUUUUUUAAAUUUUUUUUAUUUUAUUUUUUUCGAGACAGGGUUUCUCUGUAGCAUUGGAGCCUGUCCUGGAACCCUCCCUGUAGUCCAGGCUGGCCUCGAACUCACAGAGAUCCGCCUGCCUCUGCCUCCUGAGUGCUGGGAUUAAAGCCGUACGCCACCACCAUCACCCAGCAGUUUCCAAUUUUUUCACAUCAAUAUCAUAGCUUUGUAACUGCUGGCUGCUCUCUUUCCUAUCACUCCUGUGGCUUGUUAUUAUCUGUCUUGUGAUUUGUACAUUAAAUACAUUUUAUUUCCACUAAAUGGUCAUCAUUCUAUUUUAAUCCAUUACCACAGGGUGCGACAGUUAUUAAUAGUCCUCGCUCUGACUCCCUUAUAUCUCCGUACCCAGAUGACAUUACAACCAACGUGUUCAUUGUCAUGUGUUACCAGAUAAAGCUUUGGUAAACGUGGAGGACAAAGUAGAAAGGGGCUGUCCUGUGGUCAACAGAAUUCCUCACUGUUGAUAAAGAACGUAAAAACUGUCCAGAUGGAAGGACUUAGGCUAACUUCGUCAUUUUGCUCUCACAAGAGAAUCACAUUAAGAGAGCUUUUGACGAAGUGUGUGGUAUCUGCGCUUCUGCUAAGCAUUGUCACCCGCGAGCGCUCCAACCAUCCUCUCCCAUCCAGGCGCAGCUGGCGGAUCCCAGAUUGUCCUCCCGGGUCGCUCUAGCUGCCGUCUCUAUGGUUCGGGGACGCGCCGGGUCGCGGCCGGCCCGGGCCCGCUGGUGCGCGUGCGCGAUCCUAGCGCGUGCCCGGCCUCCGGCAACUGCCCUGGCUGGCGGGUGGGAGGGGUGGGUCUGGGAACGUUGCGGCGGCCGUGGCCGCGGCCCCUGCGCGCAGGGCAGUCCCCCGCCGCCGCCUCAGAUGAUGGGUCCCGAGGAUGCCGGAGCCUGCUCGGGAAGAAACGCCGAGCUGCUCCCAGUCCCGGGGCCCAUGGGUCAGGACGGGAAGACCGUCCACACCGCCGGCGGCUUUGGCGGAGGCGCCGUCGCCGCGGAGUCGCCAGGGGAGGCUGGAGAGGAGGAAGCGCCGCGGCCGCGGCAGCUCCUGCAGCGGUAUCUCGCGGCGGCCGCGGGCCCGUUGCAGCCCGGGCUCGGCGGGGCGGAGGCGGCGGCUGUCCCCGCGGCGUGCCGUUCAAGCAUGACCAACGGGGACUCGGGAUUUUUGCUGCGCCAGGACCGUCGCGGCCCGGAGGAGGCGCGUCGCCGCCGAUCCUGCGGCCACCCUUGCCUGCUAGAUCCCGCGGACGAGGGUGUGGACGGCGCGGGCGGCCCGGACGACUGGGCCGCGCCGCUGGAGGACCCGCUACGGAGCUGCUGCCUGGUGUCGGGGGACACCGACGACCCGGAACCCACAGCUGCCACCUCUGCCGCGAGAUCGGGUGGGAGCGCGGAGCCCAGCCCCGGCCUCCCCGACGCCCGCUUCAGCUCUCGGAACACGUUCGAGGUGAGCCGCCGCCAGAGCGCCGGCGACCUCCUUCCCUCGGCGGGGACACCCACAUCCCUGCCAACGGCGGAGCAGAGUCCCGGGGGCACCACGGCUCGAGCUCGACGGAGCGGUGGCUUCGCGGAUUUCUUCGCCAGAAACCUUUUUCCAAAAAGGACGAAGGAACUCAAAUCAGUUGUUCAUAGCGCUCCUGGAUGGAAGUUAUUUGGUAAGGUUCCUCCCAGAGAAAAUCUUCAGAAAACAUCCAAAAUUAUUCAGCAGGAAUAUGAAGCACGAACAGGGAGAACCUGUAAAGUACCACCUCAGUCUUCAAGACGUAAGAAUUUUGAGUUUGAGCCACUUUCUACCACUGCCCUGAUUCUUGAGGACCGGCCAUCGAAUCUUCCUGCAAAGUCUGUGGAGGAAGCUUUACGUCACCGGCAAGAGUAUGAUGAGAUGGUGGCUGAAGCAAAAAAACGAGAAAUUAAAGAAGCACAUAAAAGAAAAAGAAUAAUGAAAGAACGAUUUAAGCAGGAAGAAAGCAUUGCAAGUGCAAUGGUAAUUUGGAUCAAUGAGAUACUGCCCAAUUGGGAAGUGAUGCGUAGUACAAGAAGAGUUCGAGAAUUGUGGUGGCAGGGAUUGCCCCCUAGUGUUCGUGGGAAAGUUUGGAGUCUAGCUGUAGGAAAUGAACUAAAUAUCACUCCUGAACUGUAUGAAAUCUUUCUUUCAAGAGCAAGAGAACGGUGGAAGAGCUUCAGUGAAACCAGUUCUGAUAGUGACGUUGAAGGUAUAUCUGUUGCUGACCGAGAGGCUAGCCUGGAAUUAAUUAAGUUGGACAUAUCCCGUACAUUUCCAUCUCUCUACAUCUUUCAGAAGGGUGGUCCAUAUCAUGAUGUUUUACAUAGUAUCUUAGGGGCAUAUACAUGUUACAGACCUGAUGUUGGUUAUGUCCAGGGGAUGUCCUUCAUCGCAGCAGUGCUCAUUCUCAACCUGGAAGAAGCAGACGCCUUCAUUGCCUUUGCAAAUCUCCUAAACAAGCCAUGCCAGUUGGCCUUUUUCCGGGUGGACCACAGCAUGAUGUUGAAGUAUUUUGCAACAUUUGAAGUAUUCUUUGAGGAAAACUUGUCCAAACUAUUUCUUCAUUUCAAGUCAUAUAGCCUUACACCAGAUAUAUACUUGAUAGAUUGGAUCUUCACGCUGUACAGCAAGUCACUGCCACUUGAUCUGGCUUGUCGUGUCUGGGAUGUGUUUUGCAGAGAUGGAGAGGAAUUUUUAUUUAGGACUGGAUUGGGGAUCCUCCGGCUAUAUGAAGAUAUACUCCUACAGAUGGACUUUAUUCAUAUAGCACAAUUUCUUACCAAAUUGCCAGAAGAUAUCACAUCAGAAAAGCUUUUCAGCUGCAUUGCAGCCAUUCAGAUGCAGAAUAGCACCAAAAAAUGGACUCAGGUCUUUGCAUCUGUAACGAAGGACAUUAAAGAAGGGGAUAAGAACAGCAGUCCUGCUCUGAAGAGCUGACAUUGGAGUCAGGGGCACGCUGUAAUGCAAAAGCUAAUUUUGGGGGAAGUUUCCUGUUUCGUGCUGAUAGCGUGGAAAGAAGAAUCAAGAGCUGGAAAACCGCUGAGUUGAAGUUCCAUGGCCGAAGGAAAUGAAAUACGUAAUUUAUUGACAGUAUUAACAAAAAAGUACCUGGGAGAGCCAUUUUUCAGAGGAAGAGGCUUAGAUGGCCUUUACAUACUCCAUAAUUUGGAGUGAAUACUUUAAAUGCAAUAAUUUUUUUAAAAUAGCUUCAACAGAAACUUCAAUUUUUUUAUAUCUUUUCUUUUUUUUAACAAUUACCACAAACGCACUUCAGGGGUCAGAAUAGGAUUGUUAAAUCCUACUUUAACCUCCAAAAAAGAUAGGCUACAUGUAUUAUCUCCAGUUCUGGGUGUUUGAAGCUAUUGUAGACCAAUAGUAAGCAUCUACAUUGUAUGUUAUUGAAGUCACUGUAACUCCUGCUUACCGUAUCAUAGCCUAGGGCAGUUCUGACCCUCUGGAACUGGAAAUGUUGGUGGGACAUUGUUUCUUGUUUUGUUUAUGGUGUUUCCCACAGUGUUGUGUCCCUUUGUUUUUAAAGAGAAAUUCUUUCUCUAAGGAGUUUCUAUUACAGAAGAAUUUUAGCCUUUUUGUUUCUUGUCUGACAAAUUGUUAGGUAGUAACUUAACAUUAAAAAACUAACUGGUAGCCGGGCAGUGGUGGCGCAUGCCUUUAAUCCCAGCACUCGGGAGGCAGAGGCAGGCGGAUCUCUGUGAGUUCUAGGCCAGCCUGGUCUACAAGAGCUAGUUCCAGGAGAGGCUCCAAAGCUACGGAGAAACCCUGUCUCGAAAAACUAAAAAAAAAAAAAAAAAAAAAACCUAACUGGUAGAAUGAAAGAUCUUUUGCACUUUAGUGGACUGAAGACUUGACUUUGAGAGUAAGAAUAAAAAAGCAAUGAAUUCUAAGAGUUCUAGAUAACACACUACUUACAAGACUUGAAUUUUUUUAGUUAAAAUCCAUCUAUCUAUAGAAACAAAUUUUAUUAAUUUCAGUUUGAAAUUUGAAAUCUUAUAUAGCUAAGUCUAAGACUUGUGAAACUCUAUGCAUAAUUUUCUAAUUGAUGGGAAUAAUAGUAAAAGUAAUUUUACCUUUUUUCUUAGUCUUUUUGAUGGCAUCUCAUAUAAAUUAUUAAUCAUUGGAAAACUGGCAUUAAAUUUAUUAUACUUGAUUUUUGAACCUAACCUAAAUCAUUUGAAUUAUUAUGGGUCACAUCUGUACAAAAUACUGUUUGGUUACUGAUUAGAUUUAUACUGUUUUGAUGUUGCAGUUUGGUUUGAAACAACAUAGAAGCACACAUUUCUGUUAGUGGUGAACAAUACAUAUAUAUAGUCUCUAGACUAAAAAGCCAGAGAUUCUUCCUUAUGGUAUAGUAAAUUGCCUAAGGAAUAUGGGACCAGAGGGUGUCCAUAUAUUUUUACCCUAUGGGUUGAUCAUUCUAGCCUCGGGAACCCUGAAGAGUUAACUCCUAUCAAAGGGGCUGGCUCAGUGAAGCUGGUAGUGUUAAUAAAAUACUGAAGGAGUUUCUAGAGUCUUAAUAGGUUUUAGGAUGAACUUUUACUCUGUGACUAUGCCUUGAUAUUGGUGUCCCUCAUAAAGGGCACAUAACCUCUGGCAGUAAUCUCUGAAUUUAUAUUACUUGACUUGGGUUUAAUUUUACUUUCAGGUAUUAGUUUCCUGAAGUGGUCUUAUGUUCUGUAUUUUUUUCUUACCUUUUUUAUUGUACAGUUUCUUUACCUUCCAAGUAUAAAUGUGUAUAUAAAAUGUAAAUACAAGAAAGUCACUAAAAACCACUAGUAACAAUUACUAUGAAAAUAAAACUUGUAAGCAGAA